AUGUCUCUCUUUAAGGCAGUGUUGACCACACUGUCAGUGUCCACUCUUGUUUCUGCCGUACCGUUGGUCGAACGCCAGGACAAUGGCAGCGAACCUGCACCUGCACCUGAGCCAGCUCCGGCUCCCGACGUCGACUGCGCUCCCAACUCGGCCACUGGACUGAAGGCCGAGUGCUGGAAGGCUUUGGAUAUGAACAAGUACAUCACCGACUGGGUUGCUGAGAAUGGCACCAAGGCCAACUGUGAAGAGCUCGGAUUUGCUCAAUGCUAUCUGCAGUUUAACGGCUUCACUGGUCUUACUUGCAACUUGAUCACUAGCGACACUUGCCCACCUUUCAACACCAAGUCUAUUGAGAAGUACGAGUCCAACCAACAGUUCUAUGCUCUCUGGAACAUUUACGCCGUCUACCAAUUCUUCAACCAAUACUCCCAGGCCCUCAGCAACGGCGCUUCCCUCGCUGGCCAAACCAUCGAUGCUAUCGUCGCCAAGGUCGCACCCCCCGUCGAGGCCAACACCCCUACAAGCGAAGUCAUGAGCGUUCUCAGCUCUACCCUCGGAGUCGUCUCUAUCUUCACCGGUGUCAUUCCCGGUGCCUCCGGUAUCGGUGUUGGUUUGAUCAGGGGUGGUCUCAGCGCCGCCUUGGAUCUGGCUGGCAAGCUCGGAAAGCCUUUGACAUUGACCCAGACCGCGAACGAUCGCUUCCUUCAGCUUGGCAAGAUUGGCUCUGACCUGGCUAAGCUUGUUGAGGCUUACCAGCAGAACCUCCUCGAUAGCGUCAAGACUAUCCAGGGCGACCAUGAGAUUUUCCUCGCUGCUUGUGGAGAGGGCGGUUUCUCUCAGCGCGUCACUACUUCGCUUACCAUCCAGGCCAGCACUCUGUACCGUCAACUCCAGCUCUUCAUCCUCUCCAGCGCCCUUAAGGCCAACGGUAUUGUUUCCGCGCGAAGCACUGAUCGCAGCGCCCAGGAUGUCGCCAGAGACACUGGUGAGAUCUCAUGUGACAGUCUCAGUGCUGGAAACAGCUGCAACCAGUGGUGGAUUGACCCCGAUGUCAAGAACACCUACUCCUUCCACAAUCCCAACGACUGGGAGAACACUCAAAUCGACCUCACAGCCGCUAUCCUUGAUGAAGGCUGGGCUGACCUUAAGGAUGUCUUCAAGAUUGAAGACUGCGCUGGAAAGGCACCUGAAUUUGACAACCAGAGCCUCGGUGUCACCUGUCUCGCUACCCACGGAUUCUGUGAGUGGAACUAUGACGACACGGUCAAGCAGUUCAAGAACUGUGACAACGACAAGAAAUGGGGUUCGGUUUGCAGCAGCUUCGGCGAAGGAAUACUUGUUCCUGAGUCCUACAUGGGCCCUCUUCUGGAGAACAGCGCCUUGUUCUGCAAGAGGCGGUGA